GGUGCAGGAGCAGCAGCACCGCCACCACCAGCAGCAGCAGCAGCAUCACCUCAGCAGUGAUGUUCGACGAGGGCGAAUCGCGUCCGCCGAUGCCGUCGCGGUGCUGAGCGAUGUCGCAUUUUAUUCGAGAGCAUGACGUGACCGCCGUUUGUCGUUGUGGCAGUAGUGGUUCUAGUGACGAUUCGAAUAUCGCUAAUAAAAGUUCUUUUGUCAUCAUUGUCAACGUAAUAAUUGUCCCGGGGGCCCCGUUAGCGUCAGAGGGUGCGUCGCCUCGGUGCACCGCCGUCGUCCCCUUUAAUCAUGUACGUUUCCGAGAUAACGUAAACGAAAAGCGUCAAGCGAAGUCGCAGAGGGGGCCCCUUGGGGCGGGGGCCGCGUGGUGAGCGGAGGAGGAGGAGGAGGAGGCGGCAGCAGCAGCUGCUGCGGCGUCACCACGUUGAUGAUGGCGUCGUCGUCCGACCAGCAGCAGCAGCAGCAGGCGUCGUCCAUCACGGCGGCGUCGUCGUCGUGCGGCGUCGUGGCGACCCACGGCCACGGCUUCCAGAAAAAGACCUUCCACAAGCCCACCUAUUGCCACCACUGCGGCGACAUGCUCUGGGGCCUUAUCCAACAAGGCUUCGUAUGCGAAGUGUGCAACUUCGUGGUGCAUGAACGCUGCCUAAAGACCGUCGUAUCUCCAUGUUCCAGCUUAGCGGCGAGCUUAGUCAAGAAUCCAGUGGCGCACUGCUGGUCGGAGGCCCAACACCAAAAACGGAAAUUCUGCAACGUGUGCCGCAAACGAUUGGACGACUGCGACUCGAUCCAUUGCGAAAUUUGCCAGUACUACGUGCACGUGGAGUGUCAGGACUUUGCGGUGCCGGAUUGCAAGGAAAACGCCACGUACACCCCCGGCAAAGAACUGGAGGAGGUGGUGCACACGCACCAUUGGCGCGAAGGGAAUUUGCCCGGGGGCAGCAAGUGCGAGCACUGCAGGAAAACCUGCUCGAACACCGAGUGUUUGUCCGGGUACCGGUGCGAGUGGUGUCGCAUGACCUGCCACGCGAUGUGCCAUUUUAACGUGGACCGCGAGUGCACCUUCGGGGUCUUGGGGCCCAUCUAUCUGCCCCCGCACGCCGUCAGCAUCCCCCGCACCGAGGUACCGAUGGAGGCGAUCAUAGGGGUGCAAGUGCGUCGCAAGGACACCCUUUCACCACGCAGCACCUCGGAGGAGUUUAGCAGCGGCGGGGACACCAGUCGCUACAAGGACCUGGAGGACGCCAACGCCUCCCAAUCGCACGGUUCGGGCAUCAAGGAGAAACAGGACAAGACCAAGAAGGGCGAGGAGGAACGUGACGAAGAAGUAAUAAAAGUCUUCGACGGCAACAACUCGCUGAGACGUCGCAUUUUCCGGGCGAUCGUGGUCGCCCGUCAGGCCUCCCUGCUCCAGGUGCUCGUCCAGGCGUUGCGCGCCUUCCACAUCACCAAGGACCCGGACCAGUUCUACCUGACCGACCUGUACUCGCCGGAGGAGGAGGUACUGCACGACCCCGCUCCGGUCCUCGCGCUACACCGCAAAGAGGGCAAACGACCCGCCGUCUUCCUGCGGUUCCGCGACAAGGACAACGACUCGGGGGAGGUGCGCGUCUAUCCCGGAAAAUUGCUGCAGUCGCGGGCCUUUUGCACCAUCCCCGUCGACUCGAAUUCCACCGUAGCCGAUUUAAUGAGGGAGGCCUUGAAACGGUUCGAUCUCGAUUAUAAAGUGGAGGAGCUGCGUUGCAUCGAGGUCCUUCUGGAUAGAGGAGUGACGGAACGAGUGUUGUCCUGGAACGAACGACCCUGGGAGAUAAUGAAGAACCUGGGCAGGGACAGCAUCAGACAGAUGGAGCUGAUGCGGUUUUAUUUGCAACUGAAGAAGGACCCGCACGGCCCCAACGUGGCCCUGUUCAUCGGGAACCUGCCGCCCAACCUGUCGGAGCGCACUUACGAGAACAUUCUGAUGGACAUACUGGGGAGAGAGAACAAAUUCCUGAAAGUGGGCCCGAUUUACUACGAGUACGGCUCGAUGGUGAUCACUUUUAAAGACUCGGACACGGCGGUGCGGGCCCUGUACAUCCUGCGGGAAUCGCGACUCGAGGACACCAAGCAGCCCCUCCUGGUCAUGCUGUUGCCGAACAUCGAAGAGAAAAUGAUCCCCGCGGACGUGCAUCCCCUGCUCGUGUUCGUCAACAUCAAGUCCGGGGGUUGCCAGGGCCUGGAGCUGAUCUCGAGCUUCCGCAGACUACUGAACCCGUAUCAGGUGUUCGACCUGGACAUCGGAGGUCCCCUGCCCGGUCUCUACGUGUUCCGCAACAUCCCCAACUACAAGAUCUUGGUGUGCGGGGGGGACGGUACCAUAGGGUGGGUGCUGCAAUGUCUGGACAACGUCGGUCAGGACUCUCAAUGCUCGUCGCCCGCGUGCGCCAUCGUACCGUUGGGCACCGGAAACGACUUGGCCAGGGUGCUGCGAUGGGGCUCGGGGUACACGGGGGGCGAGGAUCCGUUGAAUCUGCUUAAAGACGUCAUCGACGCGGAGGAAAUACGACUGGACCGGUGGACGGUGGUGUUCCAUCCGGAGGACAAACCGGAGACGGCCUCGGAUAACGCGACGAGCGCCACCGCCGCCAAACAGGUCAACUCCACCGGUAAGAAGAGGCAAAAACUCAGCAGAAUGAAAGUGACCAAUGAGCAAAUUAAAAAAACAGUGGUGGCGGGAUCGACCAGCGAGGACAACUCUCAGAUCCUGGUGAUGAACAACUAUUUCGGGAUCGGUCUGGACGCGGACCUCUGCCUGGAUUUCCAUAACGCGCGCGAAGAAAACCCGGAAAAGUUCAUCAGUCGUCUGCAUAAUAAGAGCGUCUACGUGAAAAUGGGUUUGCGCAGGAUCGUCGGCCAAGGGAAGGUGUGCAUCCGGGAUCUACACAAACUGGUACAGCUGGAGGUCGAUUUUAAGAGGGUGAACAUUCCCCAGGUGGAGGGCAUCAUCGUGUUGAACAUUUUAAGUUGGGGAUCAGGGGCGAACCCCUGGGGCCCGGAGAACGACGGCAAGUUCUCCAAACCGACCCACUUUGACGGUUUAUUGGAGGUGGUGGGGGUCACCGGGGUGGUCCAUUUGGGCCAGAUUCAGUCCGGAUUAAGAUCAGCCAUGCGUAUUGCUCAGGGAAAACACAUAAAAAUCCAUUUGCACGCGGACAUUCCCGUACAAGUGGACGGCGAACCCUGGAUUCAGAGUCCUUGCGAGGUGGUUAUAUUGAAGUCCGCCCUAAAGGCGACGAUGUUAAAAAAGAAAAAGUUCAAGCGCCGCCCCACAGAACCGAACUUGGAACCGGCGGCGGCGGCAGUGGAGGCGGCCGAUACGAACGGGGGCGACGAGGCCCCCCAGAAGCACCAGGCGGGGCUGAACGAUUCCAAUCAGCCCCAUCAAACGGGGCAGAACAACCAACAGAUCGUUCAUCAGUGAACGGACGCCAAUGUUUUACGAUAGUGCACAAAUAGACAUUUAUUUUCAAUUUAUUUAAUUAUCAACAGAUGAUCUCAGUAUACCGGCACAUAGUGCGACGUUAAUUUCAUUUUAACGUUUACAAAUCUUAUAUUACCAAAGAGGUUUUUAGUUGCACCAUUUGUUUGCGGUACGGUCCUGAUUCUUGUGUCACUCGAGGGCGCCAUUUGACGUUGACAUACGAGCCUCGUUGCGCAAUAGACAAACGUCAACGACCAGCAUGAAACGUCAAAUGUCCCGGGCACAGGACCGCACCGACCAAAGCGCCCACAUUAAGAUAAUAAAUUAAUUUCGGGCCAAAAAAAUCUCAACCCAGUAGCGUACGAACCUUUUAAUUAAUUAAUUAGCACUCGACUAUUAUAGUUUUUUCCUUUAAUUAAACAUCAGCAGUAUAUUGUUGUAUAAUAAGAAAUAAAUCAGUGCCAAGCGACGCGGGGGACUACGGGGCGCCCCCGGGGGACACCGACCCCCCUUACCCUUUUUACGUGCGGGAAGGAGGGUCGGUCCGAGGGGGGCCCUAAACAAAUGACGCCCGUUAAGCUCGUUCUCCAGGAAACGACCAUUUUAACGGCAAAACUAAAGGGGCCGAGGUCGCGCAGGGCUCAAUUCCGUAGGCGAGCUGUCUGGGGCGUGACGCCUACGGAAAGCGACGGCGGCCCCUUUGAUUCAUUGUUUUUCCCCUUAUUCCCCACCACCACCCAUUAAAAGAACCCAAAUAUAUAUUAUUAUAUUAUUGAAUACCUACACCGCGUUGAGUUGAAUAAAAGCGUUAUAAUAAUAUUUAAUUAUUGUAACAUAUUAUAAAUAUUUAUAUUUUAAAACCAGUAUAUCAAAAAACAAAUGAAAGUGUAGUUGGUUUUUACUCGGGGGCCCAAAGCUUUCCGGGGCUCCGGGGGCACAAGGUUGACGUCACUCGGGACGACAAUAUACCGGAGCCGGUUAAAGAGGCGGCCAAAGAGUUUAAUUAUGUAACAUAUUAUAAUAAUAAUAAUAAUAAUAAUAAUACAUGUUAUAUUAUAGUAAUAAUAAAUUAGAAAAUAUAUAAAACCUUA